AUGAAGUUUCUGGUGUCAAAGAGGCGGUUCAAAGAGAGCUUGCGGCCUUAUGAUGUCAUGGACGUGAUCGAGCAGUACUCGGCAGGUCACUUGGACAUGCUGUCCCGCAUCAAAAACCUGCAGUCCAGAGUUGACCAGAUAGUUGGUAAAGGGCCCAAAGGUGACGGAGAGGCUUCAGAUGACCAGAGCAUGAUGGGACGUCUGGUGAAAGUGGAGAAGCAGGUGGUCUCUAUGGACAGGAAACUAGAUUUCCUGGUCAAUGUGUACGUGCAACGUAUCCCUCGAUCAGAAACAGAUGCCUUUUUCAACUCCAAAGAGCCGUACCCAGCCCCGCCUUACCACAGCCCAGAGGAGGAGAAGGAGGGCAAAGAGGAGUUGAAGGAGGAGAAGGAGGUGCAGAUAUGCUCACCUGCAGAACUCCCCUGCUCUGACGGCUCUUUGGAAAAGAAAGAUCCUUUACUGGGUCGCUCUGUGGCGAUAUCGAUGGGCACUCCCUCUGGCAGCCACAGUCGCGCCUCUACCUCCUGGCAGCACCAGCUGCAGCACCCCCUCAGCCAGCCUGCCUGGAACAGCAGCGUGGCCAAUUCCCCAUCACCAGUGGGAGGCAGCAGAGACCAUUCGCCCAACCUGUUCCGCCUCCCGCCUCCACCUGCUCCAGUUCACGAGCGAGGCUCUUCUGGCCCGGGCAGCAGAGAGAGCGACUCCCAAAGCAGGAGGCGCCACCGGAGGCCGAGGUGCCAGCGGGACGCCGCCGCUGUAGAGAGCGAUACUUCUCUAUCUAUCCCGUCUGUUGACCACGAGGAGCUGGAGCGCUCCUUCAGCGGCUUCAGCAUCUCCCAGGCAAAGGAGGACUUCUUUGGGCCGACUUUCUUCACAGGCUCAGGAGGGGGCGCCAACGCAGCGCCUGAAGCCGCCGCUGCUCCUUCAAUCUGUGCCAGGGUACGACCCUUCAUAGCAGAGGGCGAAUCAGACACAGACUCUGACCUCUACGCCCCCUCACCUCUGUCCUUCACCGGAGAGGUCUCAUGCGGAGAAAGGGGGUGGCCCGGACUGAAGUAGGUCAGGAAGAACUGCUACGCCCGGCAGAGAGGCGCAUCAGGUGACCUAUCAUGUGACCUUGUAGCCAACUGACUGACUGUUGCUGCUGACCGUGCUAUUUAAGGUUAAAAGUUAAGUCAGCGAUUCUAAAGAAAGGUUGUUGAUAUUUGAACUCAAUACCAACCAAUACCCUGCUCCAGAUUUACCAUCCCUCCCACUGCCUUUCCCUUUAUAAAUACAUCCAUGUUCUGCCCCUGGUUGCUGAUUGGCUGGAAUGGUGUUGUGUCCAUUUGCUUUUUUCACACUUACAGAACCAGGGCUGUGAAAGAACAAACACAGAGCAGACGGUUAGCAAACUAAAAGGGAGAUAUUUACUCAAGUUGACACAAGUUGCAUUUGAUUAGAAUAGCAGACUCCACCUUUAGGCGUAUGGUUAUAAUUAGCAGUUUAUAACUGAAAAUAAAAUCAAAGGGUCGUUUUUAUCACCUUUUUUGUUUAAUAAGCAACGCUUAACUGCAUUGCAUCUAUAAGGAUCUUGUUUAAUUAGAAAAAAGCUAUUUAGGGACAUUUAUUAUCUUAAUUUGGGUCAUUUUAUUGAAUUUCUUAAAUGUGAUUUAUGACACUUCAUUUCGGCAUUUUAUGAAACAAAAUCACCUUGAUUUCUUCCAGUGAGUGCACUUCAGCACUUCUCCUGUUACUCCAUUAAUACCAUCUUCCCUUAUGUGUGAUUUAGUCAUGCAAAAUUGUUUAAGUCCUGGUUAGCGUAGUGUCUUGCUAACUUCUAUACCUUUGAAUGACUUGAGGUGUUAUGAUGCCAAAACCCUAGCUAUGAUAAUCAAUUAGAUUCUUGCAGAGUAAAAAAGAAACAUGCUUGCUUUUCAGCAUCGAUAACCCGGCUGGUGUUUACUGAAUACUACAGAAGGACUCCCCCUCAAAGUAUUGCUUUGAUACUUCCCCAUCGAAAAAUGAACCGGCUGCAUGGCAUGUUACUGUUGGUGAUUUAUUUAAGGAUUGCAGGAUACAAAACCAGCCAUGAGUCGGCAGACAAAUUCCAUGUGAAUUUCUCUUAAAUACAGACAUACAUGAAAUGCAUGAGUGGUUUCAAGCUACAGUUUUUAAAAAGGGGCUCAAUUACAAUCAUUUCAAUGCAGCCUAGCUUGUUGAUUUCAAUGGCUUUCUUUUUCUAAGCAAAACCAAAUGAUUUACACAUGAAAUACAAGGACAGAUGCCACAUAUGGAAACAAUAUGGACUCAAAUGGGUCAUUAGCUCAUUUGUUUUUUACUGUUAUCCUACAACAUGCAGUGUUGAAGUUGGGCUGUCUUAUGGGACAUGAUGGUGUUAAGCCUGCAAUGCAUAAGUCAGUCACCUAGACUCUCUGCUGCUAAAUCACUUCUGCACUUAACGAGGAAAUGCAAUAACAAGCAAGCAAGCCAAUCAAGAAACCAUCCUUUAUCUUUCACACAAAAACCUAUUGUUUAUAAGUAAAUAUAAAUGUACUUUCAUAAAAGUAGUGCAAGUGCAUUGUUGCAUAGGACGCCCUGUGGCCUGAGUGCAGUUUUUUAGUCGAGUAAUGCUAAAAGCAUGGGAUUCGGAUCUGAAGCAUGAACAGUUGUUAUAAAAACUAACCCGAGUCAUAGGAAAUUAUAAAGUUUUAACAUUAACAUGAUUUAGUAGAGACUGUUCACACAAGAUUUUUUUCAGAAACAAACCUGCUGGCAUGUUUUCUACAACCCAAAGAGAGGACCUGUAGAGUUUUACAUGAAACAGUAGCUUUUAGUUCAACACCGUCAUGUAACUGCACCUUCUUCUAAAAUAAUAAAACUUUGUACA